UUUCCAGCCAAGGCAGAACUCCUUCCUUGCUGGGACAGGAGAGGGGGAAAGGGAGGGACUAAAAGCCACAUUUUGGUUUCGUAACUCAACUGUAACAGAACAAGGACAACAUUCAGAAUUGGCGAAAAACACAAGGAUUCGGACAAAAUAAGUUGUCAUGGCGUCAUUGGACAGCACCAGCUGGAGUGUGCCAGGUCUUCUACUUGCACUGCUGCUAGUCUUUUAUUCAGAUCUGCCGCACGUUCGUGGACUGGAGGUGUCAACAGGAAAGGUGUCAUCAAUUGAGGCAAUGAAUGGCUCCACUGUGUUGCUCCCAUGCACCUACUCCUCCUGCAUUGGCAUUCACAAGCUCUACUUCAGCUGGCAUUAUAACAACAAUGGCUCUAAGGAAAAAUUAUGCGAUGGGAUAGUUCCGAGCGAAGGUGCGGAGGCCAAAGUGAGAGUAAAACAUCCGCGAAUAGAGUUUGUAGGCGCUAAAAAGGGCAAUAUUUCUGUCCUGCUGUGGAAUAUCACCUUUGAAGAUGAGGGGGAGUAUAUCUGUUUUGCAAGGAACCCCAAAGAGAAAGAACGCAAUCACAGCGCUAUCUACACCCUCUAUGUGGUGGAUCAAAUGAGGGAGGUUGACAAUACUUUAACUGUCAUCAUUGUCUCUGCGUUGGGCGGAGUCAUUGGAUUAGUUAUCAUUGUUAUGGUGAUAAAGGCCUUGGUAGUGCAAUUCCUGCUGAAGGAUGAUGAAAAGAAUAAAGAGUGCCUGGUUAACGCCUCAGGGAACGACAAUAACGAAAACGGACUUACAGGAGCCAAAGCUGACAACAAAGGAACACCAAAGGCAUGAGGAAAAAAACACAGAGUAUGGUUGUAUAUAUGUUACAAGAAAUGUACACUACCAAUGAAUGAACUGUCUUAGUAGUACACCAUGCAAAUGUAUAUUUAAAUCAUUGCUUGAAUUUUUAAAAUGUCUGCAGAAGGCUGGGUCACGCUUGUCUACAUGGCAGCGCAUUUGUUGCAGUGUUUGCCGUCUGUAUCAUCAAAUUCUGCAGCCGUGGGUAGUUCCCUAUACUCCAUGUAUUGAACUCGAUCAGUAUAUUGUAUCUUCUUCCUGACUAGUCUUGAGUUAAUAUGAACCAGAGGAAAAGAUGCUCACGUUGGAAUAAUUGAAGAGCUGCAAAACAGUUGAGAGGUACGUCCUAAACUUGCGUUUCAUUUGAAUAAUGAAUGUACUGAGCAGCACAGUGGGACUGGUCACAGUCAAAGGUUCUGGGUUUGAUUUGAGACUCAGACCUUUCAGUGAAGAGUUUGCAUGUUUACCACUCUUGCAUGGGUAUUUUCGUUACAAACUCCCACAUUCCAAAAACAGGCGAGACUAGUUAGUGGAAUAAUCUAGAUUGAGUUGUGAAUGGUUUGCUGGUCUGGUGUCUUGUGACCGACUGGUGAUGAUUCAGUUGGGUGCCCCACCUCUCACCCAAACUCAGCUGUGAUAGACUACAGCUCACAUAUGUGAUCCUGAACCCAAUCCAUGAUGGAAAAUGAGAAAAGACAGCAACUCUCAAAUUUUCGGGAUGCUUGGAUUUGUUUUAGGGGUGCUUCAGCGCCACCAAAAAUGAUCUAGACACAUCAAUGUUGCACCCAAGGCAAACGAAUGAUCCAGUUCUUCUCAGUUAUUUUAUUUUAGUUUCACUUUAGAUUGUCAAACAUAGGUGCCUGCUCUGCUUUUUCUCCCCCUGUUAACAGGAGGAUUAACUCACAGCAAAUAUCUUUUUUGGGGGUGAAAGUGUUAAACUCUAACCAUCAUCCGAGACAAUCCCAAAAUACCCAACUCCCUAAAGAGAAUGAAAUGAAUGCUGCUUCUGCAUUGGCGAUAGUUAUUUAUUUUAUUUAUUUAUUUUAGCAUGUUUGCAUUUUAGAGCACUCCGUACAAGUACUUGUUGUCUGCAGCACAGGAGGAACAUUUGUGUGAAUUCAGGAGGUUGCAAAUAACCCUUCAUAUACUGUCAACCGAGGCAAGAAGCAAACUAAGAAUUUGAUGACAAAAGAGUAAGGGCCACACUGAUAUAACUUAAUUCACAUAAAGUUGUAUCUUUGUCCUAGAUGCAUUCUUUAGUCAUUGUAACUUUACAACUGUAUCUUUCAAAAUUCUAACUUCUAGAAAUGUUAUGGCUUUGUUUUAGUACUGUCUAGUAAGCUUUAAUUCUCAUUGAAAAUUUCUCAAAACAUUACUUUUUCCCUCAUCAGUACACAUUUUUCUGGUCAGUGUUGCUCUAAUAUUCCUUCAUAGUAAACUAAUGCAGAACAUCUAUCUAGACUCAUAAAGACAUGGACAUAUAAUUAUUAUUAUUUUUUUAACAAAAACAUAAUUUACAUAACUGUAUUCCAAAAUAAGUGGAUUAGUGCCAUUCUUCUAUCAGCCACUCCACAUUGUGCCCUCUAUGCAACUCUACCAGAGGUUAUUUGAGAAGUUGGCACAGGCGACCUGCCAUGCACUCUCACACAUACCUGGGAUAGAUAGGACAGCUGAGUGCUACACAUGCAAACACACACACACACACACUUAGUAUUCAAGUAUUCACAUAUGAGCGAGCGGUGCACUAUAGUGCACAGACCUUGCACACAAACGAGCACUUUACCACUGCACGGAGUGGAUGCACAAAUCAACUUGUGUCCAUUCUUAUUUUAUUACAAAAUAAUUUGAAAACAAAUAAAAUUAAAUUUGUCGAAUUUCAGUUCGUUUUCUGUCGACAGCCAUGCAUUUGUUUUAUUGUCCCAGUUUUUCACUCAGCCCAGUAGGCUGCUGUCUUAUUUAUGUUAAGUAUUUCCCAUCUUGUUUUCAAUGGAAGCAAUAAUACAGAAACUGUUGUGCAAUAAUAUGUUAAAGGCACUUUAGAAAUGUGUCGCGACACAAGGCCUGUCAAUUAUUGGCCCUGUAGGAAAGUGCCUCAGUGGGUCAAUGCAUUGAAUAUAUACAGCAUUUAUAUUGGACAUUAAUCAUAUUGGACAUGAAUCCCAUAAUAUUGAUUUAAUAUUUGAUCUUCCGACUCUAUAGAAUAUACAGUGCUAUAAUCGUCUCUCCCGUUACUUGAGUAAAUACAGCCCUACAAUGAAUAUGGUUAGUUACAGAUAGUGCCAUGAAUAUCUAAUAUGUAAUGUAAUCAACUUAAAAAAGACAUUGCCUUAUUCUAACAGUAACAACUUUGUCUCACUGAAUGUAUCUAGCUGAGAAUGUCAAAAUGCAAUACAAUCACAAAGCCUAGAAUUCUUCCAAGUUACAUUAAUGUUACGGAACAAUUGGAACAUAAUUCAUGCAAUUACCGUAAUCUUCGGACUAUAAGUCGCGGUUUUUUUCAUAGUUUGGGUGGGGGGCAACUUAUACUCAGGAGCGACCUAAAUACAUAUAUAUAGGGGGUUUUUUUUCACUUUUUUGGGCAUUUUAUGGCUGGUGCGACUUGUACUCCGGUGCGACUUAUAGUCCGAAAAUUACGGUAUGUCUCCCUGAGUCUCAAGUCUUCAGUUUACCAAAUAUGAAUAGUUUCAUGUUUUCCAACUUCGACCAAAUAAGAAAAUAUAUAUGUAGAUAUAUAUUGUAGAGUGGAAGCUGUUAAAGCUGCAAAAUCCAAGACUAACUCCAUAUUUGAGUAUGAGGGAAAUAUAUAAGUAAUGUAUUUUGUUAUACUUUACAGCACAUGUACAAUAAUUACUGACCCAUUAUUUAUACUAUACUCGCAAUAAGAAUGCAGAUUAUAUUAUAAACUUAACCAUUUACUAAUUUGGAAUCUACAGUUCAUGCAGUCAACAAAAGUCUGAUUUAGUAAAUAAUUUUCCUCACCAUGACAGUUUCUCAGAAAAUAAAGUCUAACAGUUGUGGCAGGUUUGAGAAUUAAAGUUAUGUUUUGUGUGUGAAAUAAUUGAUGACAUAUGAAAGUCAUCAAACACAAUGUGUCAAGCAAACAAAAAUCCCAAAAGACGCAGUAUGAUGGAAUUGAAUAGUUGUCAUACCUCAAAUGUAACAUACACAAAAUAUUCACUGUUUGCUGCAUACAUUUUUGUUGAUUUUGAAAAAAAAACAAUUUGGUUGCCAGUUGUGACCUCAUUAAAGUUCCCGCAAUAUUUUAUAUGGGUGCACUGCACAUUCUCUGUUGUGCUGCUCAUCCCACAAAUUUAUGCCCCAUACAAAUGGGGCUUCAUUUAAAAGGGAAACAGACUUUCCAGCUGUACAAAAUAUUCUAUUUAGAUCUAAUAAAGAGAAAACAAUUUAUCACUGCUAGACGGCCAAUGUUUACGUCUACCAAAAAGUCAUACUGAAUGUCAUAUGUGGAGACAUGAUUAUGUUGUAACGUCUUUGCCCCUUUACCUGUUUCAUCGUCCUGCAAAAAAAAUGAGAUGAAUCAUCAUCAGCUGACCAUGUACAACCAUUGCUGCAGUACUAAAAAUAUAAUACUUGAUUAUAUCCAUCUAGUCAAGUUGGUAUGACAGGCCUGUUGUCUCAACCCAAUUAGUUCAUCAAUUAAAUGUGUACGUAAUAGAAACAACAUAUUGUAUUAGGCAAAUAGUAAUUUUCACAAUAUAUUCGGCACACUUGGCUAUAAUACAAGUGUAUAAAAUGCAUUUUACGUAGUCCUGCGUACGUAAGAAUUACUUUUCUAGCUCUUUUUGUCAGAUUGUUUAUUAUCACAUGUCUGUGCCUCCAACUUUUUCAACAUUUGUACUCAAUUGUAAGGUUAUAAGGGGAAGGGACCACAAAGAUAUAUGGAUAAAAUCACUUCAAAUUGACAGCUAUGGGCAGAAGCCGUGCCAUUGAAUAACGUAAUUAUUAGGGCAAGACAAUUUAGUAGAAAAAUAGAUGAGGAUUGACUACCAUGUUUUAGAGAAAAAUGUUAAACUGCCACAGCAGCUGGAGCUCAUACUGCCAGUCCAGGAGUCUCAUGUCUGCCCAAAUAUUACACUACCACAAUUUAAAUGUGCAUCCAAUUAUUACUCUAACAACUACUACAGAUAUGUAACACUCGCCAUGUACUUCCUCACACUGCCAAGUUUGCUCCCACAUUCCAUUUAAAUACAAAGAUCAAUGCACUUCAACAGGAAUCCGAAAAAAAUCUAUAAUAGAGGAAAAAACUUUUUGAUAUGAUGCAAUCAAAGAUUGCUCAUGUCAUACUGUUUGAACACAAAAUGCACCAUUCUUAAGUGUUGCAGCAAUUGUUUGUACUUCAAAGUAUAUUGAGUGUAUUGAAUAUUCAUACUAUAUGUACGAUGUCAUCACCAACACAUGCAACCCCAGAUUUACUGGAUUAAUGUUCCUCUGAAUGUCAGCCUGUUUAUCUCUCUGUAAUCAUGCUCACGUCAUGACUAUGCACCUGACUUGUUAAGGAAAUAUAAUGUAAAUGUAAAUAAAAGCAUUGUAAUUGCUAGAGAA